AUGGCUUCUCACAAUCCGUCCACCUCAACUUUCAAGCUCAACAAUGGAAAUUUGAUUCCCGCUGUUGGGCUUGGCACCUGGCAGUCGGCUGAUAGCUUGACUCGAGAUGCCGUCAGCUACGCCCUCCAGCAUGGCUAUCGCCACAUCGAUACGGCAUUGAAUUACCAGAACGAGAAGGAAGUAGGGGAGGGGAUUCGAAUGUCCGGAGUCCCCCGGGAAGACAUCUGGGUAACGACAAAGCUGGACAACCCCUGGCACCACCGUGCUCUCGAAGGUCUUGAAACCUCCCUGAAAGAUCUUGGCCUUGACUACAUAGACCUGUUCCUGAUUCACUUUCCUUGCUCCACUGAUCCCAAUGAUAGUUCGAAGCAUUUGCCGGACUGGGAUUACGUCAAAACAUGGAAAGAGAUGCAAAAGAUGCUGGGGAGUGGCAAGGUCAAGAAUAUUGGGGUGUCGAAUUUCCAGAUCAGACACCUUGAGAAGCUUCUAAGCGACCCGACAUGCAAGGUUGUGCCUGCCGUCAAUCAACUCGAGGUAAGACAGUCUUCUUCAAGAGAUCCCCCAUAUCGUUUGAAUGUGCCUUGUUUAACCCUGUUUUUCAGCUGCACCCAUAUAACCCAUCACUACCCUGCUAGACCAAAGCUCUUGGACUAUUGCAAGUCCAAAGGGAUUCACUGUACAGCAUACUCAUGCCUCGGUGGAAAUUCAAGCUCACCUAUCAACAAACACACCAACUUGUCUGAUAAUUUGGUCGUCGAGAUGAUUGCCAAGGCGAAGGGAAAAGCAUCGGCUCAGAUCUUGUUGAAAUGGGGCCUUCAGAGAGGUACAAGCGUUAUUCCAAAGAGCGUGAAUCCUACACGAAUCAGCUCCAAUUCUGACCUCGAUGGUUGGGAUCUUUCCGAUGCUGAAAUGGCUGAGAUUGAUGCGAUCCCGACUCGUGUCAAAGUAGUACAGGAUGACUGGAUGCCUAUUAAGGUAUUCUUUGGAGAUGAUGAGUAG